UCCUUCAUCUGAUGUGCAGAAAAGUAUGAUUUUACACGGAAUUACACUCAAAUUACUCAACACUGCCACUUUCAUACGCUUGCAUGCAAAGGUUAAGACAAUGACAUGUUUUGUUGAUUUUCAUAGUGAAAGUAAGUCUACAAAUAAGUACAGAGAACACACUUCUGCACAUUUUAAUGUACAGUCACUGCUCCCUUGCUGAUUUGCUUGAUGUCAUUUGAACCGGAGUUUUCAAACUUUUCCACACAAAUGUACAUUAUGGUCAUGCACGCCCAAAUUUGGAUCCUCAACUGUAACAUAUCCCUAUUCAUUCUGAAUAAAGCAUCAAUGUCUGGCUUCUCACUAAGCUAUGCAGUUUCAGUGUCACCAGUCUUAAAGAUAAAUACUUACCGGCAAUGACAAUCACGACCAAAAGACAUAAAAGGAUCAGUCUUUGAUGGUUCAUUCCUGCUGCUGGCUUUUCUUAAAUCUGUUAGAUCUGAAUGUGGCAGGGUCUUUGAGCUGCAGCUGCAUCGCUAUUUCUAAAAUAAGGAGGGGCGAACUUAAUAUGAGCACAUUCUUGUGCUCCAGAUGAAGUCCAGUCACUCAGAAAUUCAAUUACAUGUAACUGAAAUGGAAAUGAAUAGGUCUGAUUGUGCAUAAUGUUAUUAAGUACCUUCAUAGGCUUUCCUGAAUCUAGUCAUGGGAUGUCUGGACUGAGAAAGCAGGUUAAAUUAGUUUCACUGGACUAACGGUCAGUCCAGCAUUGCCUUCUAUGCCGUUCACUGUUUUCAAAAAUCGGCUCUCGUGUCGAACACUGGAAAUUAGGGCUGCAUGAUGAUAACAAAGCCAUAUCAGUAUCAACAUAGAAUUGUUUAUCAAAUAUCAGCAUCAAACAGAUGUUUAGAUCGGAUCAAUACUUCAAACUGAUAUUUGUUGCUGUGUUUAUUUUCCUCCGGAAGAGCAGAAUCAUGAACCGUCUGCAUUUGUAAUCUUGCAGAAGUAAAUGUUCUGCUGGUUCCUGGUGGUGUCCAGUAGUCACUAAUAGCCUUUUGUUCUCCUGAUGGGUUGAUGUUAAAGAGUAAAGGAUUCUAGUGGUUUAGCAGGUAUUCUGGGACUGAUAGAUGCACUUGAUGCUUUGAGGUUUGCUCUGUUUAGCCCAGCCAUUUUGUGUUCUUGGACCUUACAGCACUCUCCAGGCCAGCAGGUGGCACUCCGCCACCACACAAGCCCUGAACGGCCCCAGAAGGAAAAAGAAAUCAAAGAUAUUAAAGAACGAAGAUGGCCAAACAAACAAACCUCACAGCUACACUUUCAGCUAAUAUAAUGCAGAUUUAUUUACGGAGACUGUGUAGAAAGUCAUUUACUGUCUAAAUGAGACUGUUUCACCGUGUCUUCCACGUGUAAAGACGUUUACUCGACACUGAACAGCAAGGAAACGAUUCAAACUUGCUUCGUCGGCUUGCGACUCUCGCUUAUAUUGAUAAGCUCUCUGACCAAAAUGUCAGCCCACUGGUUCAGUCAAACUGCUUCAGGAUGACAGGUUAAAGUCUAUUUUUCUCCACGACGAGGAAAAUGGAAGAAAAUAGCGUUUGAUUCUUGCAGCAGGUCAGAUGUGCAAACCUGAGAGUCAAGAUGUCACUUGGAAAGACCCCAGUCCGCGUUGUGCAUUUGGGGAGAAUUGCUUACCGAAGUGCCCUACAGAUACAGCAGCAUUAUAUCAAACAACAUUUUGAUUCUUCGAGCCAGAUUCCAAACACUUUGCUACUCUGUGAGCACUAUCCUGUUUACACUGUCGGAAUUAGGCGAGCACAGUACCCAGCCGAAGAAGAGCAAAGACUGAAAGAUCUGGGUGCAGACUUUUUCCGCGCAAACCGAGGUGGCCUGAUUACUUUUCAUGGGCCAGGGCAGCUGGUUUGUUAUCCCAUUCUCAACCUAGGCUGCUUUAAGAAGAGCGUAAGGUGGUACGUGUGCGAGUUGGAAAGGACAGUGAUUGAGAUGUGCGGCAAGUUCAGGAUCAAAGCUUCUACCUCUCCCGACACUGGAGUCUGGGUUGGAAAUAACAAGAUAUGUGCAAUUGGCAUCCAUUGUGGGAGAUAUGUGACCUCUCAUGGUUUGGCUUUGAACUGCAACACUGAUUUGAGCUGGUUUGAAAACAUUGUGCCCUGUGGCAUUGUGGGAAAAGGAGUCACUUCGCUCAGUCAAGAGCUUGGACGUGAUGUAAUGAUUGAAGAGGCAACUCCAGUGUUAUUAGAGGCUUUCAGUGAACAGUUCAGUUGCACACUGACAGAAGCUCAGAGCUUUAGUGAUCACACACAACAGACUGUACAUUGAUAUGUUGUACUACUUAAUUGUAGAUGACAACACUGAUCUGACAACACUGGCCUGUUUGCACGUUUAAACUAUCGUGUCAUUAACCUUAAUGAAAGGUUAAAUGUUUUUCUCUAAUUCUCUAAAAUCUUUAUAUGCAAAGUACUUCCUUGACCUACCUUGUAAAAGCCAAUUAACUCGCUCACUCAUGUUUAGCAGGCUGAAGAUUCUCCACAAGGAGGUGCUGUUAGCACUCAAAUAACUUUUGGUGCUUUGCUUCAAUGACAGUGUGGUUCCUUGUCUUAUUUACUUUAAUUUCAUUUCUGUCUUUCAAGUAUUCAACGUAUGACCUUUUUUAAAAUAGCUGCAUUGAAGUAUGAUGUUUUCUAUUUGGCUAGGAAAAGACCAUAUUAUUUAUUUACUCAAUAAAUCCAUGGAAAAAAGCCAGCUUUGACUGCUCUAUAAACACAGCCAGUAGAGUAUAAAAGAGUGAAUAAGGAUACAGAAAACAAGCUUCAAGUUAUAUCUGAAUAUAUGGCAACCAUACAUAAUUUUAAUUUUAAAUGAGUUCUUUUAAACUGCCUUAAAGCCACAAAUAUUUUUCCCUUUAAAAACUGUUAACAUUAUGGGCAAUCUAAUGCUCUUUAAUACUUACUGUAAUACUCACUGACAAAAGUAACACCAGUAAUGUUUCCUAAAAUUUAGGAAACAAGCUUAAUUAGAUCCACAAGUCCUACUUUAGUCAGAUCCUAAGUUUGUACAUUGAGAUGACUCUGCAAUACGUCUUUUGUUUGUCUCUACAUUGUAUUGUUUCUCAUGUUUUUCCUUCCACCUUUUGGGGUCUGCAGUCAUGCUGGAAGGUCAACCUGCAACUAAGGUGCUGCUUCCAGAAACAAUGAGGAUUCUGUCCAGAAUGCCAAGAAUGAUUCUUAAGGACAUUGUUUUGGCAUAUCA